AUGGACUGGGUGUCUAACCACGAGUUUGGCGACGAGGGCUACAAGUACGCUUUGCUGAUUCCGAUGAUCGGAGAUCAACUGAUCGGAUUCGCUGGCCCGCUGGUCGAACAAGGGACUUGUAUCAUCAAAGUAGGCAUGAUCGGUUUGAAAGAGGGCUGGUUGGUCGCGGUGGCCGGGGUCGAGGCCGAGGGGGGCAUGAUGCUUGAAAAAAAUAUCUACCGGCCCAGCAGAUGCCCUGCCGGGCUUGCUCCAAACUCUGCCAUCGCGAACCAAGCCGAAUACCCGUCUCACCUGUCGGUAGAGAAAUAUAAGGGUCUGCGCUCGAUUCCUUCGGGCCACAUCAUUCAGUGGCAAAACAUUCUCCUGCAGCUGGCGAUGCCCAUCGUUGACUUCCGAAGAGAGGAGACGAGCUUGAUCGUGUUACAGGCCAUGUACCAGACCGGUCCCUCCAACGAUGAUAAAUCGAUGCCACUACGGCAGGCUCACUCGGUUCUUGAUUGUGCCGAGUUCUGUGCCAAAUUGGUGGGCCAGCUUCAGUUAGCCACAAGGCGAAUAAAUCAAAACUAG